AUGGAAAAUAUUUCUUCAAGUCAAUUGCCUCAAAGUAUUUAUGGCUCUACUUUAAAGGAAACAACAACAAAAUUGCCUUCAAGUCAAUAUCAAAGCACAGAAUGUAUUUUAUAUGGAAGCAUUACAAAUUUGGAGAAGGGACAGUUUAUUGAAAGAUUAAAAGGUUUAUGUGAUCCUGGUGGACCUGUUGCUUUUUUUGAACAUAAUAUGGUUUUUAAAUUGAAAACAGGCACAGAUUCUCCAGUUCAAGUCCAAAUGCGCCGUCGUUUCAAAACUGAUAAUCUUCAUUGGCAUUGUCGUUAUAUUGCUAUACCUGAGACAGCUGUUAAAGAUGUUAUUGUUCGCAAAGUUAUUGAUUCUUUAAUUUAUUCAAAUGAUAUGAUGAGUUUUGUCAAGUCGUUGGGAUUGAGAAUGGAAUAUGAAUACAUUGCUAAUGGAUUUCUUUUUACAAAACGAGAUAUUCGGGUAAUAAUGUAUCAAGUAAUGUGUUCUGACACAAUUGGAAAUUAUAACAAAUUAAAACAAUUUGGAGAAUCUUUUUUGGUUGAAGCUUCAAUAUUAGUACCUGAUGGGCAACCUUAUGAAGGGGCAAUAAAAAAUUUGAAAGAAUUUGCUGAUCAAUUACUGCCUAUAUGCAAAUUGGAAUAUCUGGAUUAUAUUAAUAAAUAGAAAUUGGAGAAGAAUGGAGAGUAAAGGGUUUAUUUUUUACAAUUUAAUUAUUUUUGGUAUUUCCCUGGCAUGCGGACAUAUCGGGAUGGUCAGUUACCCUACUGAUUUUGUGACCUACAGCCACUGGGUAUUCUUUGCUUCUUCAUUAGGAGGAUC